AUGUCCGCAACGGAUAACACUGUUACCACUUCCGAUGAUGUUUUAGAUGGAUGCCAAUUAACGAACCAUGGAAAACACUUGUCGGUUGUUUCAAAAGAUCUCUCUAUCAUUCCAUCAUCAAUAUUUAGUAGAUUCGGAGUUGGAAUUGAAUCACUUGAUUUUAGUUUUAAUAAUUUAAAGAGAGUAGAGAAUUUGAAUAGAUUCACAAACUUGAAAUCGCUUGUUCUUGAUAAUAACCUAAUUGAAGAUAUCAGACACUUCCCUAGCUUUUCAAAUCUUGAAACUCUUUGGCUAAACAACAACAAUAUUUAUGAUUUAGAUGCUACCAUCGAGGCUUGCCUUCAAAAGUUUCCCAAACUUAUUUAUUUAAGUUUAUUGAAGAAUCCAGCAUGCCCGAAUGAAUUUACAGGAAAUGAUACAGACGAUUAUCAACACUAUCGCCUCUAUGUACUUUAUAGAAUGAACAACUUAAAGUUUUUGGACUCAAGACAAGUCACCGAAGAGGAAAGAAAAGAAGCUGCAAGAAGAGGUAAAUUCUGUAAAGUUGUCACGCCUGAUUACACACAACAGCAACCCACUAAUGAGGUAACAGAAGAAAAUGACUCGGAUGCUCCUAAAAUGGAUUUACUUGCUGCCAAGGACUAUUAUGACAAGGAAAAAACACAUUCUUACUUUGGAUAUACCAGACACGUUUAUACUGGUAAACACAGCGAAGGAAAUAGAUUCAUUAGAAAUAAUGACUUGUAA